CAUUUUAGAAGGUUGCAUCAGUUAUGAAAUUAUCAUUCAUCUUCUGGGAGUAAUAACGACUGGUGACGAUAUGACAAUGGCAUAGGAAAAUGAAAAGAACAGUGUCAGAGCUGAAUAUCUCAGAGGGUAUUCAUCACAACCUGCCUGAGUAUUAUUGACAAACUAUGUGGAGGAACCUGUUUAGGGCCUCAGUGAAGAGGGGCAUUAAAGGGGUUUUUCAAGUCUGGUGUGCUGGCUGUGGAAUUAUGCUAUUUGCAAACAGGGUAGCAUGGAGCAUUAAUCUGACAGGGGAUUCCAUGUAUCCAACAAUUCACUCCAAUGAUAAAGCAUUUAUUGAGUACAUGAGUGUUUCAAAUCACAGAUUACAAAAAGAUGACAUAGUUAUUUGUAAGAAGCCCUACAACCCCACUAGUUUAGUGUGCAAAAGACUGAUAGGCAUGGAAUAUGACAGAAUCAUUAAAGAAGAUGGAGAAGUGGUCAAGGUACCUCAGGGCCAUGUGUGGUUAGAGGGAGAUAAUAAAGAGGAUUCAGAGGACUCCAGGGAUUAUGGUCCUGUUCCAUAUGGAUUGCUGGAGUCCAGGGUUUUCUAUAGGUGGUGGCCUUUGACCAGAAGGGGGUUCCUAGAACUUCCAGGUGAAGUGGAAAUCAACGAGACAAGGCGGAAACCUAUUUUAUAUACUGGCAGUAGCUAAACAGGCAAAUUUUAUGUGACUUUAAUGUUUCUUAAAGAUAAGGUAUCAGUUUUAAACAUACUUGUGUUCAUACAGAUGUAAAUUAUUUUCAUACUUUUAUUCAUGCUACACUGUACAUGUGCAAAUAACAGGGUAAUUUCCUUUGUCUUGCCUCGUAAACUUAUAAAAAAAAGCAUUAAUUUAAUAAAAUAUCAGCAUUUAUAUCUGAAUUUAUUUAGCAAUUUUUUAUGAUUUGUUUUUAUUAAUUUGUCAUGAUUUUAUUUUUUAAAUACAUUGCAAUGUAAGCCAUUCUUGUGAUUUCUAAGUAAUUUAUAUGAAAACAUACUUGUAAAGAUGUAUGUCAGUAUGUUUACAUGUUUAACAAAUAAAAAAUUCCUUAUAAAUUUUUUGAUGUAAGAGGAAUGAACUAUCCAGAUGUUGAAUCUUACUUAUUCUGUUCUGCAGUGCUUCAAGCCAAACGGCAUUGGUUUAUAAAACACAUGUAUAUGAAACCUGUUCUGAUAUUUUCAAAAGAUUCAUCCUAACAUAGUAUCUGAUUACCAGUAAAUGUAUUUCAGCAUUGCUGUAUUGUAUAUUUUUUAAGAAAAUCAAAAUACAGACAGAUUUGCUUUCUUUUCUGGCUCAGGUGAAAUGAAAGUAAAGACAAAAAACACUUCUUCAAUAUUUAUUAAAACUUGCAUUAAUUUACAUGUACACAGUUGUCACUAGUAUAUAAAUAACUAUAUUUGUCACACUACAUUCAUGCCAUACAUCGGACCACAAGCAAACAAAUAUUUAUGACUUUGCCAGAACUGAAGAUAAGGCAGGAAGAAAUGGAACUGGUAUUUUUGCAUUAAAACACUGAAGCAAAAUUAAAAUCAAGGAAGGCAUUGAUAGCACUUUAUAUCACAGGCUUGUGCUUUGAACUAAGUUAAAGGCAAGGUAAAAAUGUUAAUUAACUAAACUGAGUAUUUACUACAUGUAUAACUAAGUACUAUAUGUCCAUCUUGUCAUGGCAUUACUAAAACUUGGUAGUUAUGACACUUCCUAUUAAAUGCACAAUUGUAAUAUCUGUAUGGUCACUGAAAUUAAAUGUUGAUUAUACUUUAAGAAUUUUUUUUCUUUUUAAUAAAUUUGUUUGAACUUGAAUUCCUUAAAAGUUACAAUAGUUACAUUCUCUGUAUUU